AAUGCCGAUCCUGGUCUGGGUUUGUGGUUUGUGAAUUCAGCCACGGGGGGGCGACAUCAUCACGCCGGGGAUCUGCUUCGGCAGGCGAGGGACUGUCCUCGCUGCGCUCGUUGUCUCUGAACGACAGGAACGACACGGCAACAGUAACUCAGCAACGGACGGACAAAGAGGAGAGACGGCAGCAUCCGUGGCAGUGGCGAUGGAGGAGUAUAACUCUGGAGAAGAGGUUCUCUUCAAUGCUGAUGAGGCCAGUGUCUCAGUUAAAGAGUGUAUUGAAGGUGUCAUUGGUGGAACAGACUAUAAUCAGAGUAAAGUCAACCAGUGGACGGCAGGCAUAGUGGAGCAUUCUCUGACUCACCUGGUGAAACAGGGACGGCCGUUCAAAUACAUAGUAAACUGUACCAUCAUGCAGAAGAGCGGUGCUGGUCUCCACACGGCCAACUCCUGCUACUGGGACACUGCCACUGACGGAAGCUGCACUGUCCGGUGGGAGAACCGCACCAUGUACUGUGUGGUCAGUGUGUUCGCUGUGGCACUGUGAUGGCGGCGCAGAGCUUGUCGCUGCUCUUUCUUCUAACACCGUCAUGUCUGAAGCUGCUCUUUAAAUUGCAACGUGACCAAAAAGCCAUGAAGAUCCUCUGGUGGAAGCUGACGUACAAGUAGCUUAUCUCUCCCCACAGGCAGGAAAAACAUAAGUUCAGCAUAAGAGCUGUGAGUCUACAUCCUGCGUUCAUGGUCGCGUUUGACUGUGAAAAAAUGUUGCUUUGUAGGGACCAAAUUCAUGGUCAGAUUGCAAGGCUGGUUGAGUACUUUGGUUUAGAAAAAAAAAAGUAUUAUUCUUAUUUUGAGUCUUGAAAAGUGACUAAAUAACUAAAUAUUGUGAUCCAUUAGUUCUUUUCAUAAAUUGUCCUAAUUGACCCUAUAAUCAUUUCCUUGAUGUAGAACUUGAUUUAUUUUUAUCAUUUGUCUCCUUCAUUACAUUCCCGAGUGAACAGGACUGAACUGUUGCUGUAGCGGAAAGUUGCCUAUUUAUUAAGACAAGUAGCUGUGCUUUAGUAGAUACCGGACUACUGACUGUAUGUGAAGUGGUUCUACUCAUGUAUGUAAUAUUCUUAAUAUUUAUAGUGGUCUGUAUCUGUGCAGAUAAGAGUGUGUAUUUCCAGGAUGGAGUCAUUUAACGGUCAGUCCCAAUAAACGAAGGCACUUUUUCUACAUUUCCUGCAGAAAUCCUGGAAUUGUACUGUUGAACUGUAUGUUGAGUUCACUGAAGCUGUUUGAUGAAUCAGUAUUUCUGAACAUAGACUGUAGAGUCAUUAAAUGUAUACAUUUCCUUCCUGACUGACGGAUUACAUACGAUAUUUUCCUGGCUGACUGAACAGAAGAGGAGAUAAAAUGUUUUUACUAAUUUGCAGUUUGGGCUUUCAUCCUCUAGAGGUUAGCACAGGAUCAUACAGAGUGAGUGCUUUUCAACUGAAAAGAAAACAAUGCACACAAUUUUCACAUAUAAAUAUAAAUUUAUUUUAAUUUUUUAAGUAGGAU